ACGGGGAGGAGACGAAGGCUGCAGCCCAAAAAGAAAGAAAAAGAAAGAAACCACAGCGAGAGAGAGAGAGAGAGGGCGAGAGAGACGUAAAGCGGCCGCUUCGUGCGCGUCGACGUCACCUCGCCGCCGGGGGCCAUCUCGCCGCGGGUCUCGGGCUGCCUUCCCCCCCGGGCACCGGGCUGGGCGUGCGCCGGACGGAUCGGGAGGCGAGGGGCGAGGGGAGCGGAGGGGGAUGGCCGGGAAGAAGCGCAAGGCGGAGGCGGCGCGCCUGGAGGAGACGGACCGGGCGCUCUACGGGGCCUUCCGGGGCGCCGCCAACUCACUCUCGCAGCUCUACACGCUCGCCAUGGGCGCGCAGAAGGCCUCCUUCCACGCCGGCGAGCGGCACGCCAUGGAGAAGCUUUAUGAAUGGAUCUUGAGGCAGCACGAAAAUGGUUUGAGGCUGACAGUUGCUGAUAUAGCCUCCCACAUCCAGCAUGAGAUUCAGUACGGAGGCGACAACGCAUCAGCCUCUCCAAGGUCACAAUAUCCUAGCCAAAUCACCGCACCCACAGUGCACAUCCCCAACGCAAGCAACCAGCAACCAUCGCCGAGCUCAUUUGCUCCAGGAAACCCUGGGUUGGUGCAGUCCAAGAACUCCAUGGUCUUUUCGAACGCAUUAUCCAGCCCCAUCCGGCGGAGCCUGCAGCCAUACCACCUAGAACAAGGCGGAGACGCCGGGUACUUCGCGAACGGCGCAAGCCGCGACGCCAACCCCACGGCCUCGAACGACUCGUCCAUGGACAUGCACUCAGACAGCCCGGCUCACGACUCCUACUGAAUGAGCAGCUCGCUCGGACCAUGAAAAAGCUGGAAGAACAGCACUUCCAGUGGAAGAAGUCCGUCAUCAGUCGUCACAGGUCAAGUAGGUCUAUUCAAUUUAACACCUUGCCUAGCCUCUUACACUAAGCGUGUUGCUGUUACUGCUACUACUACUGCUUACCACCUGUUGCUUUGCCAGGAUACUGUCUGUAAUUUGCAUGUAUUAUACUGUACCAUUUGAUUUAUCUGUGCAUAUUACUGCUGUUGGUAUGCGACGUACGAGGGCGGAGGGACAAA